AUGCCGAUCCCCUUCCUCAUCCACGCCUACAACUAUGGCCUGCCGGAGUGGUUCCCCGACCCGUGGAAGCUCGCCGGGGUCACCGGGGCCCUGGGCGCCCUCGGCAUCACCAAGCGCUACUUCAACGGCGCCCUCAACCUCACCGAGCGCAACAUGCACGGCCGCGUGGUUAUGAUGACGGGCGGCACGUCGGGCGUGGGCGCCGCCGCGGCGCUGGAGCUGGCCAAGCGCGGCGCCCAGCUGGUGCUGCUGACGCAGCUGCCGGCCUCCGACCCCUUCCUGGUCGAGUACGUCGACGACCUGCGCGCCAGGACGAAUAACCAGCUCAUCUACGCCGAGCAGGUCGACCUGAUGUCGCUGCACAGCGUGCGCCAGUUCGCCACCAAGUGGAUCGACAACGCCCCGCCACGGCGGCUCGACAUGAUCGUGCUGUGCGCCGCGACGCUCACGCCGCCCGGCGGCCAGCGGCAAGAGACCCCCGAGGGCGUCGAGCACACCUGGAUGGUCAACUACCUGGCCAACUACCACCUGCUGGCCAUCCUCAGCCCUGCCAUCAAGGCCCAGCCUUUCGACAGGGACGUCCGCAUCAUCAUCGCGACGUGCUCCAGCUACAUCCGGGCCCCGCCGCUGCGGGACGCCCAGGCCCAUGCGCUGGACAAGAAGGACUGGUCGCCUUCGGCCGCGUACGCGAGCAGCAAGCUGGCGCUGAUGACGUUCGGGCAGGCCUUCCAGAAGCACCUGGACGCUUACAAGAGGCCGGACGGGUUGCCUAUGAACGCGAAGGUGGUUUUUGUGGAUCCAGGAUUCGCAAGGACACCGGGCAUGAGGAGGUGGAUGACCAGGGGAUCUCUAUGGGGGCUGUUCGUCUACCUGAUAUCUUACUUUCUGACGUGGCUGUUUUUGAAGAGCCCAUUCAUGGCCGCACAGUCUUUUCUUUUUGGGGCCUUUGACGGGAGCGUCAUCAGGGACCCAGGCGGCAAGAUCUUCAAGGAGUGCAUCGAGGUGGACUGCGCCAGGAAAGAUGUGAAGGAUGACGAGAUUGCAAAAAAGUUAUGGGAGUCAAGCGACAAGCUCGUCGAGACGGUAGAGAAGCAGGCCGCGCAGAAGAGGGCGCAAGAAAAGAAGAUACGCGAGGAGAAGGAGAAGAGCGAAAAGGCCGAGCAGGAGAAGAAACAGAGGGCAGAAGAGAUUGAGGCGUUGGUCGACACUAUCAAGAAAGGCAAGGCCAAAGAGAAGGAGAAGGAGGCUGACAAGAAGACCAAGAACAGGAGGGUCAAGUUUGGGCACAAGGCUGUGCAAUAA